CGAUUUCGUAAAUUGUUUCUUUAUUACCGCCCUCUACGUCCGUUUGUCUUGUUCUUACAUCCGGUGUUGGCGGUCUCUAUGCGCCAUUUUCUCUUUACGUCUGAUAUCAGUGGCAUCAUCACUGCAUGCGACGUUAACGAAGACACUAUAACGUGACUUUAAGGAGGAAUUCUGCAAUCUUUUUUACGGUCUUCAUCAUGGAAAAUCCAAAACGUGCACCUAUUUCUGUGCUCUCAAUUGAGAAAAAGAUAGAAAUUUUACGACAUUUAGAAGGCGGCGUUUCUGUGCCAAGAAUUGCCAAUGAGUAUAAUAUUCAUCCAAGUACGGUGCGAAAAAUUCGCCGUCGGGGAAUGCCUGCUUAUCAGGGAGUUGAUGUACGAACGAGGAAAAGAAUUCGAAAACCACGAUACGAAGAUUUAGAUAUAAAAUUAUAUUUGUGGUUCGUGCAAUCAAAAACCUUAGGAAUUCCAAUUACGGAUCUUUUGUUGCAAGAGAAGGCACUCCAAAUAAGCCAGGAACUUGGAAAUUCAUCGUCGUUCAAAGCUAGUCACGGUUGGCUUUGGAAAUUUAAAACUCGGCAUAAUAUACGUUUGCUAGAUAAUGAAAAAGACUGUGCAGAUGGACCAGCCGCUGAGAAUUUCACGAAAGAAUUUCACAAGAAAAUUGAAAGAGAUGAAUUACAAUGGGAGCAUAUUUAUAAUAUGAGCGAAACUGGACUUAUAUGGAAAGCAAUUCCAGCUAAGUCGUUAUUGCAUUGUGUGGAACAAAAACUGGAGGGGAAAAAAUUACGUAAAGAUCGUGUCAUUGUUUGCUUAUGCACAAAUGCAACUGGUACGCAUAAAUUGAAACCAGUAAUCAUCAAUAAAUUUAGGAAUCCAAGAGCAUUAAAGUAUUAUAGACAUCAGAUGCCUGUUGUAUAUAAAUCUCAACAAUUUGGAUCAUCGAUGGAUCAUAGAACAUUUAUCGACUGGUAUGUUAAUGAUUUCAAACCAGCUGUACAAAGAUAUCAAUUAGAACAUGGUAUACAUGAAAGAGUUGUUCUCAUAUUAGAUGAUUGUUGGAGGAAUAAAUUGGUAUCAACAGAACGCCGUGUAGAUGAUCAAUUUCAAAUUGUGUUCCUACCACCACAGACUACCACCCUCCUGCAGCCCAUGAACCAAGGCUUAAUAACCAAAGUAAAAAAAACCUUUAGGCAUAAAAUGUUGUGUCGAUUAAUAGCAUCCAGUGGAUUAAAAGAAUUUUAUAGCAAAUAUACACUUCGAGAUUGCAUACAACUAUUACAUGAAACAUGGACAGAACUUAAUCCUAAGAUUAUUAGAAAUUGUUGGAAUAACAUAACAAAGUUUUCUGAGGAAAUAAUAAUGAAAGAAGAGCCUGUUGAACAUGAUGAACAUUUAGAGGAGACAGAUCAUACAUAUAGCGAUAGUAAACAAUAUGUUCAUAACAUGAUAUCAGCAAUAAGAGAACCUGACAUAAAUACUUCUGAUGAUGAUGAAGCUCAAGUUGAAGAAGGUGGAGAAGUAUAUGUAGAGGAAAGAGAAGGAGAAGAACAACAAUUGGGGAAAGAAACAGAACAUGAAAUAGAAGUAGAAGACGAAAUUAACGGACUUGAGGCAAACAUAUACAGACAAAAUGAUAUUCAGUUUGAGAUAACAGAAGCUUUUGAAAUUUUAAAGAGACAUGCAGUAGGAAGACCACAAUAUUUGAGGACUUUAUUACAAGCUCUAAAACAAGCAUUAAUCAGAGAAGGAAUUUUGAAAAGUACUAAAUAUAUGUAGAAUGCAGUAUGGCAAGUGGAAAGAAAUGAGAAGAUAUUUGUUAAUGAAAUAAUGCAUAGCUGAAAACAAUUUUUUCAAAAAAGAAAGGUCCAAGUUAUUAUUCUGAAUUUAUUUAUUUAAUGACAAUCGUCAGUCUUAGUUAAUAACUCUCCAUCGAGUUUACCCGUUUAUUCUAUGUUGUAGAUGCUAUUUAUAUUAAAAUCAAAAAGGAAAAUUUAAUCUACAUAUACAUGAAGAUAACAGUGAUAAAAAUUUAUUUGAAGGUCUUGUCACACGGAUUUAAAAACACAAGAAUGCACCAUGGAUGUGGCUGUGGAUUGUUGUUGAGGGAUGUUGUCGGCUGAGGACAAUGAUUAAUAUAUUUACCUAAAUUAAUUUAUUUCGAAUAGUACCUAAUGUUACAUAAAUUAAAUGAUUUUAUACAUAUAGUGCCUCUCGUUAUGCGGGUAUCGAUAAGUAUUGCAUUAUUGCUUGUAUUAUAUUCUCGUUAAAUAAAAACUGAAAAAUAUUUUACUAUUACAAA